CAGGUGACCUUGAGCCUACUCCUCACUCUAUAAAAGCUACCCUCUAAUCCUCUAGUACUCACAUCUCUCACAUCUUCAAAGCUCAUCAAAACACUCCUCAAUAGUUAAUUUUUUUCUUUGAUCACUACAAAACUCUUUUAAAGUCAUCAUGGGUGUCUUCACUUAUGAAUCUGAGAACACCUCUGUUAUCCCCCCGGCUAGGCUUUUCAAGGCCUUUGUCCUAGAUGCCGACAACCUCAUCCCAAAAGUUGCACCACAGGCCAUUAAAUCCACUGAAAUAAUUGAAGGAAAUGGAGGACCUGGAACCAUCAAGAAGAUUACCUUCGGUGAAGGCAGCCAAUUCAAAUAUGUAAAGCACAGGGUUGAUGAAGUUAACCAUGAACACUUUACAUUUGCGUACAGUGUGAUUGAAGGUGAUGCUUUGUCUGACAUACUAGAAAAAAUUUCCUAUCAGACCAAGAUUGUGGCAAGCCCUGAUGGAGGAUCCAUCUUGAAGAGCACCAGCAAGUACCACACAAAGGGUGACCAUGAGAUCAAGGAGGAGCAAGUCAAGGCUGGUAAAGAAAAGGCCUCUGGACUUUUCAAGGCUGUUGAGGGCUACCUCUUGGCACACCCUGAUCUCUACAACUAAACCUUGUGUUUAUUUUUGUGGCAAUUCAGGCUGUCGCUUUUUUUUUUUUUUUUUUUUUUUUUUGGAGUCUAGUCAAGAUUUGCUAAUUUGGCUUGCUAAUAAAGAAGUUUGUGGUUGUGAUUAUCAGCUACCUUGUGAAAUUCAAGUUGAAAAAUUGGAAAGUGAGAGUUGUGUAAUA